AUGCAAGCUACCGCAGUUGUUAUCCUUAUGGCUGCCUUUGCCCUUUCUGGCGUAAUGGCUGCCGUUGACAACACACAAUGUUACAAUUACUUCAUGUACAAAGACGGUUGUGUCCAGGCUACCGGCCACAAGUACGACAGAUGUCCAGCUCGGAAGCCGUCGCACCACCCAAAAUCAGCCCGACUGAUGACUAUACAGCAGGGGUCGCGCUUGGAGCGCCGUUACGAUGGGCCGGCCAGGGUCAUCACGCAAGCCCGCUUAGUCUGGAGUUGUCCCAAGAUCAAACCCGACCCUACGGGUAGGAGGCCUGAAGUGUGUGUCUGGGCUGGAGAUGCCUUUGGGCGCAGCAAAACUGGUUGGCUCGACGUGACCAACCAAAAUAACUGCGGGAAACAAGUUUACAUCCAAAGACAACGUCAACCUGGGCAAGCCAAGUAUGCCAUUAUUACUGGUGGCUGUGAUUUCGGAAAUUCGGACGCCUCCGUAGGAUGCUUCCAGAUUGCGAUGAACCAGCCGCUCUUCGAAUUAUUCAACCCCACAGCUCCCGAGAGGGCCAGCCAAGAAAUUGCCGAAGUGUCCUGGGACUUCAACAACCUCAAGUUUGACAAACCAGAGAAUGCAGCGUUCUGA